GUCCUGCAUGGGCCUUGAUCCAACAGAACUGUAUAGUGCCUCCUUGUGUGAUUUGGUGGAUUUUCACCUUCCAUAAUAAAAUCUUUCAAGAGGACUCUUCACCUGUUAUACUUACUUUACUCUUUAUUACUAUACACCUAUUGAAAAUAAUUAAUUAUUAGGCUUAAGCAUCUGCUCUUGAUUAAUUUAUUCUAAGCCUUAUUUAUUACACGGAACCAUGCUUAAAAGGUUCUUCCACACGUACCUAUUGAACCUUUUAAGCAUCAGCAACUACUCUUAAAAAUAUAUUGACAACUUCUAGAAAAAUAAAUAAAUUCCAAUGACAAAUAUUCUUAUGUCAAACAUAACACUUCAAACAGAAUGUAGGUAAAACAAGUAUAAUAAUCGAUUUAGAUUUCACCUUAAAACCAUUGAACAUGUAAUCUUUACAAAAUUCCUAUAAUUACCACUAUGACCGCGGACCAAACAACCUCUUCUGGGCAAGGUUUUAGCAAAUAACAUGACUGACAGUUUUCCACUCUAAAAAUACCAACCUCCCAACCAACCAACCAACCAUCCAAUCCCAAACCAAUAGGAACCUAAAAACAUCCAACAGAAACCCGUUGCCGAUCGCAAAAAUGGCUUGUUGCUGUCAAUCCUGCAAAAAUAAAUCUUCAUCCAGCUGCCUCGGCCGAUGCGACCUGCCGAAGCACAGAUGCCUGGAAAAAGAGGAGGUCAAGCCUGGACCCGUGCCCAAACAUAUGGGGUGGAUGUACUGCGCUAAAUCUUCUCCUCGGUUUCAGCAAAGAUGUGGCUGGCGUCCUGGCCACAUUUCCUGCACAGUCCUUCGCCGAAUCGAAGCUCACAACGGCUCUCGAGAGACCUGCGCAAUUUGCCCUUCGAGAUGCUCAACAAGACCUUGCCCAUCUAGAUGCUCAUCCAGACCUAUCUGCUCCCGUCCUUGCUCCAGAGCAUGUCUCUACAAGAGUUGCUCAAGAGCCUGCUCCAGACCUUGCCUCAAACCCUGCUUCCCGCCGCCUUCUUCUUGCUCUGGACCAACUUGCCCACCUGGAAUGCCUCUAAUCAGGAUCGUAAGACACGGAGGCAAAUACAAAAUAUGCACGAAGCCUUCCAACCUCGACAAUUCGCCUUCCGGCCCGUAUCCUCUUAAAUACGUACUGAAUGCGGACGCCAACACUUCUUCGACUACGAAAUUCAGCAUCGAGGCCAAAUUUAACGAUUAUCAAUAUGAUUACACGAGUUCGCAGACUUCGUUUAUAUUAGACUUCUCUCCGCCGCCGACGUCGUGCGCCAGACCUUGCCCGAAGAGGAGUAUUUUAUGCAUGUUUGGAAAGUGCGCCAAUUCCUGGCCCCCUGCCAUGAGUGAUGAAAAUGAACCUAAAGUAUCUAAACCCCUACAAAACGAACCUAAUAAAUACAAAGCAGGUCCUGCCGUCCGCACCACCCCCAAAAGUGGCACCACUAAAAAGGUAGCCAGUGAUGACAAUUGUUGUGUGUCGGACUACGCUUCCAACACUGGCGCCACCAAACGUGAUUCUAGUGCUGACAAUUGUGUUGCAGACUACAACAAUGCGAAAGUAAAAUAGAUACUUUAGGUUAGGUAACAACAAUUUAUGUAACUGUAACAUCCUUUUCAUUAGAUUUCUAAUACAUCGAG